AUGGCGCGUCAGCAGAAGAUUGCGCGUUCGAUAGUUUAUGCGAUUCUCGAGAAUGAUGGAGCGAAAGUGCGCUCACUUGUUUCACGAAUCCUGGCGGCCAUCGUAUCAUUCUUUGCUCUUUACCAAUUGCAACUAACUAGACUUCGCAAUGAUCUCUUUGCGAAACUGCGCGACCAAUGGCAUGUCGAUGAUGAAGACUACAAAGAUAGCAUUGGGCAGAAGAAUGGUCUGAAGGCAAACGGCGAUAUGGGUUUCUCAGGCAGCACCUUCUACACAACAUCCGAUGGGACCUAUCUCGUCAAAAGUCUCCCCCGAGGUUUCGAACAUUCCUUUUUCCGUGACGAGUUUCUGGAACCUUACUACAACCACAUGAUGGAACACACGAUAUCAUUGCUCAUCCGAAUCACCGACUUCCUAGAGUGGUCGCGUUUCGGCAUCGGCGGUCUACUCGGCACCGCUCCAACACAUCACAUCAUCAUGGAGAACCUCUUGAUUGGCAAAGAAAAGGACAGCACGUCAAAGUGGGAGACCUGGGACCUCAAACCUACGUCGUACUUCUUCCCGGAGCGAGACAUCGCGAAUGGCAAGCUGACCUCUGACGCAACCAAAGACCGCUUAGCAGACAAGUUUGAGGACAAGAUUGUCUUGACUCAGUCGCAAGCUGACGAUUUCUUUGAGCAACUCUCGGUAGAUACCGAAUUGCUUGAACGGUGCAAUGCCGUUGACUAUUCGCUGUUUCUGGUCAGAAUCCCGCUUACCAGUUCCGACCAUUCGGCUGCACGCCAGAACCAGGAGCAAGCUAUUGAACAGUCGCAGAGACCUCCAUUUGUUCCUCCAACGACUUCUUGGCGCACUGGAGUGCACUCCGCUGAUCAGAAGUUUGUCUUCCGUGCUGCGGUUCUUGACUUCUUCUGGGCCAAGCACAAGUUGCAACCCAAGGUCAUGACAUGGCUGAUCAAAGCAUGGAACCUGAUUGACCGUCAGGGACCCAUGAGCAUCACCACCACUCCCGGCGAGUAUCGUCAGAGGUUCCUCUCAAUGUGUCAUGAGAUGGUCGAAAUCAGGAACUGA